AAGAAAAAAAAAGAAGCGAUGCUGAAGAAGCGAGUCGAGGAUCGGAGCCGUGAACACGAGCAGCGAUGACGUGACGCGUGGACGGUGCCGUGUGGUGGGGCUCGAACACGGAGCACCAGCGGAUGUGUGGCCCCGGGCCGUGUGAGCUGUGUGUGCGGGAGGGGGGUGGGGGUCGGACGGACCGAGGCACCGGAGCGUCGCCAGCCUCCCGGUGACCGCGUUACCCAACCGGAGGCUCCGUUAAGACACGCGCACACUCACACACACACACGCACGCACGGGGAUAACGGUCCGAGCAGAAGCCAUUUUUCUCCGCAGAAAAAUACUGGCUCCUGAUUGGCUGUUAGGUGUCCAUUGACGCCAGCUGCCACCAUGAACGUGGGCACGGCGCACAGCGAGGUGAACCCCAACACCCGGGUGAUGAACAGCAGGGGCAUGUGGCUGUCGUACAUCCUGGGCAUCGGCCUCCUGCACAUCAUCCUGCUCAGCAUCCCCUUCGCCAGCGUGCCCGUGGUCUGGACCCUCACCAAUCUCAUCCACAAUCUGUGCAUGUACCUGCUCCUGCACACGGUCAAGGGCGCCUUCGAGACCCCCGACCAGGGCAAGGCGCGCCUCCUCACGCACUGGGAGCAGAUGGACUACGGCAUCCAGUUUACCGCGUCGCACAAGUUCCUCACCAUCACACCCAUUGUGCUGUAUAUUCUCACCAGCUUCUACACCAAAUACGAUCGGGUCCAUUUUGUGGUCAACACCGUUUCCCUGCUCACUGUGCUCAUCCCCAAGCUGCCGCAGCUCCACGGCGUGAGGAUCUUUGGGAUUAAUAAGUACUGACAAGGCAGAAGAGGACACCUCCUUCCUCGAGUCCCCAGGGACCUGCUGAGAGCACGCAGAGUAUCAGGCCUCUGAUUUGGCCGCGGAUCCACGAGGAUCUGUUGCUCUUUGGCUCCGGACUCUGCCUGCCGACUCUAAAUGACGCCCGCUGGGACGCUGCCAUGGCUCCAAACCCCAGGAAAGAGACGAGGUUCUUUACAGAGAGGAGAAAGGGAAAGUGUACUGUUGAGGCCUGUCGCCUUUUUACAAGUUUUCCACAGACACUUAAAAAGCAUUUGUAAAGAGGAAUUAUAUAUUAUACAGUAUUAUGUCUGUUUCUGUAGAGAUGGCAGUUUUUAGAAGUUAGAGGAAGAUGUAGUUGCACUGAUAUUGUGCCAUUUUCAAUCGGCACCUUAGACAGUACUCUUAGUUUUUUUUUAGCUAAUGCUACACUGCUGUGUUUAUUCAGCUUCUCUCCCAUGUUGAGCUUCCUCUCUCCCGAGGCUUCUGGGCUCGAGUAGCGACAGCGUCACGACGUGGUGAGGGAACUGUGAACGACUUCAGAGUCCAGACACCAGAAGCCACACAGCGUUUUAUAUUUAGCCCUCGCUGCUCCGCUCAGGGCCAAAGGAGUUAAGUUGAGCAGCUCUUAUUUUAUCUGACCAUGUCCAUAUUUGGACUCCUCUUGUCCCGGUUUGUGUCGCAGAGCGCCUGCAGUCUGCGGAGUCGUCUGGUCUGAGAGCAGAAGAUAUGCACGAGAGCUCUGCGCUGAUCCAACGUAACCAAAGAUUCUGCCGUCUGAGGGAAGGGUCACGUUUUCCUGUCAUUACUUUGCUCAGAGUUAGAGUUUUAUACGGGGACACAUGCCUACAACUGCUCUGUGACAGCACUCAGGUCCCAUUACACUGACAUGAUCGUGGUAUUUCUGCAUCUCACUUCCAUACCUGCAUUUAAAUGAUAAGUAACCAGUUUAUUAGGUACACACGAGCAGUCUUAAGUACUGUGCAGCUGUCAAUCAUGAAAGGUUCAAGUGUUUUUAAUAUUGUCUUCAUCCCUAUUUAGGGUCAAAUAUAUGACGUAGCUCUUAAAAUGAAAUAUUGUCAAUUUCCUUCAUGAAAAAUCAAAAAUGGACAAUUUAAAGCUGCAUCAAUCUACUUUUUAGCCACUAGGGGGCACUAAGCUCUCAGUAAAGCUGUGAACCACAGACCACAUAAAGAUGGACGACAUGACAGUGAAGCCAAAGCAUCCAGAUCGCCUCCUGGUGGCUGGCUGCAGUAUAGGUCAUAAAAUAAAGUUAUUAUUAAAGUUAUCAUUAUAAACGCCACCUCCUCCAUGUAAGUGGAUGGGACAUGAACCAAACUAAAAAGUCAAAUUCACAUCAAAUCAUUUUUAUCCAGGAUAGUUUCUGUUUUUGGUUCUUAUCACAUUGAUGAAAUCACUUUUUCUCAACCUCAUUUCAUCCACAGUUAAUAUCAAAAGUAUUGAUUAAUGCAGCUUUAAGGUUCUUCCCUCUUCCUGUAGGAAAAUAGUUGGAAAGAGACUUUGUUUUUCUUAAGCUUUACCCACAGGUACAUUUUUUAGCAGUAGUUUUGUCCAGAGAGUAAAGUCUAAGUUAAACCUUUAUCUUUUAAGAACAAAUCUAAAUACAAAACCCAUAUUUCCAGUAGAAUGAUUGUGUUUGAUCUUAUUUGUCAUCGUACUGGACGGCUGAAGUGUCCAUGAACCAUUUCCUCCUGACAAGUCUCCUCUUGAAUUGUUCUAUAAUGUGAAGUCAUGAUUUUAACAUGUAGGAUGUCACUCGCUGGUUUAACAGGGUUUUGAUUUUAUUGAGUCAAAACAGUCAAAUCUCCAGAUAAACACGUGAAAUCAUCUUUAUUUAAGCUUAAAAAAAACUAUGUUUUACACGUUGUCGAGUUAAGAGUCAAAUUGUUGUUUCCAGAUUCAUUUUUACGUUUCAGUUUCUGUUUUAAAGUGAGAUCUCUAUCGAAGGACUGAAUUUCUUCUUCUUCUUCUGCUCGAUGAAACAUAUGAAACAUGUUUACUGACGUUAACCUGAACAGUGUUGACCACUCGUUUCUAUCUCAGACACACAAACAUUAAUAAAGACACAACACUAGUUUCUGCUUCUACGGUUUUAAUAAGAAUUAUUACUAAAACAAAACUGUUGCAUUGAGUUGUUUCUUUCCGCAGACUGACGUGUUGAAUUGGUGUCAUUUACAGGCGAGGACCAAAGAUCCAGACAAUUGAGAAGUUGUAAAUACUCGAGUUUCUCUGCUGCAGCAUUUAUUUCUCCAUCAGGAUGUUUUCAAAUGUCAUGAUCAGCAUUAAGGGCUUCGAUAUGAGACGUUGUAGCACAAAGUGACCAUCAGUUAGGUUUUUUUUACUGGAUUAUUGAAGACAACAGCUGCAGAAGAACGGUUGAACUGAAUGUGGAUUCAAUGUGAAGCUCUGCUCGUGGUUUCUGUUCGUUGGUACCUGAAGGAAAUGUCAGUGUGAUGUUCUGUAAAGAGUGUGUGACCCCAAAAUACAGUAUUUUUUAAGUAUCA